AUGGCACCCCUCGUAACAUUGGCCACCUGUGCUCUGAACCAGUGGAGUCUGGACUUUGAGGGAAAUUUGAGGCGCAUCAAGCAGAGUAUUGUCAAAGCCAAGGCGGCCGGUGCAACUCUGCGUGUCGGCCCUGAACUCGAAAUCCCAGGAUAUGGCUGCUUGGACCACUUCUUAGAGACCGAAGUAUAUGAGCACUCGUGGGAUUCUUUGUACUCUAUCUUGACCGAUGAGUCACUACAUGGAAUCAUCAUCGAUGUCGGUCUGCCUCUACUCCACCGGAAUUGCAGAUACAAUGCACGUGCCAUCGUUCUGGAUGGGAAGAUCCUGUGUCUUCGCCCAAAACUGUAUCUCGCCAACGAUGGCAAUUUCCGUGAGAUGCGCUUCUUCACGCCGUGGAACAGGCCCAGACACGUAGAGCAAUAUUACCUCCCACCGCUGAUCCAGAAGCACCAAGGUGCCCGCCAUGUGCCAAUUGGUGAUGUUGUUCUCUCCACAAUCGACACUUGUUUGGCUGCCGAGACGUGUGAAGAGUUAUUCACGCCUAACAGCCCUCAUAUUAACAUGGGACUCAACGGAGUGGAGAUCUUUACGAAUAGCAGUGGAAGUCACCACUCACUCCGAAAGCUUGAUGAACGAAUUGCCCUUAUUCAAGAAGCCACUCGUAAGAAUGGCGGUGUCUACCUAUACUCCAACCAACUUGGAUGCGAUGGAGAUCGGCUUUACUAUGAUGGCUGUGCGAUGAUCUUCGUUAACGGUGACAUUGUGGGACAAUCAAGUCAAUUCUCGCUGAAUGAGGUUGAAGUUGUCGUGGCCACAGUCGAUUUAGAAAAAGUACGAGCUUAUCGAUUUGCCCCAUCGCGUGGCUUACAGGCAGUAGCGGCACCGGAAUACCAGCGGAUUGAGGUGGAUUACUCUCUUUCCCAUGAUAAUCUCGAUCUUGAGUUCGACUUGCGGCCUACUGCCCCCCGGCCAGCGCGGUAUCACCUCCCUGAGGAGGAAAUUGCUUUGGGACCCGCCUGUUGGCUAUGGGAUUACCUUCGGCGCUCCAAGGCCGCUGGGUUCUUCGUUCCAUUGUCCGGUGGAAUCGACAGUUGUGCGACGGCGACAAUUGUUUAUUCCAUGUGUCGCUUGGUCAUUACAGCUAUCAAGGAAGGGAAUGAGCAAGUCAUAACUGAUGUCAAGCGGAUUGCCGCUUACUCAUCGACUCUCCCUCAAACAGCAGAAGAGCUGUGUAAUCAGAUUUUCUGUACAUGCUACAUGGGAAUGGAGAACCAGAGCAGCAAGGAAACUCGGGACCGUGCAAAGGCCUUGUCCGAGCGGAUUGGGUCGUAUCACACUGAUGUCAAUAUUGACAAUAUGUUCAAUUCUACGAAGAACAUCCUCACUCAGGCCACGGGCUUUGAACCGAAAUUCAAGGUCCAUGGAGGUUCGAACACAUCAAAUCUCGCACUUCAAAAUAUCCAGGCACGGUCCAGAAUGGUGCUUGCGUACUACUUUGCUCAAGAGCUAUGCGAGGUCCGCAAUCGUCCCGGCGGCGGCUCUCUUCUGGUCUUGGGAAGUUCCAAUGUAGAUGAAUGUCUUCGUGGAUAUCUGACCAAAUACGACUGUUCCUCUGCCGAUAUCAACCCCAUUGGGUCAAUCAGUAAAGUGGAUCUCAAGCGGUUUAUUGACUGGGCAUCGAAGGACUUUGAAAUGCCCAUUCUUGUGGACUUCCUGGAUGCCAUCCCCACGGCGGAAUUGGAGCCAAUCACGGAGAACUAUGUGCAAAGCGACGAGGUUGACAUGCAGAUGACCUAUAGCGAACUCUCGCGUUUCGGAAGACUGAGGAAAGUGGAUCAUCUGGGGCCAUAUGGAAUGUUCCUUCGUCUUUUGGACGAAUGGGGCGGCGAAGGAAAACUUAGCCCCCGUGAGAUCGGCCAUAAGGUGAAGUUGUUCUUCCAUUUCUAUCAGAUCAACCGGCACAAGCAAACCGUUGCCACUCCGUCUUACCAUGCGGAGAACUACAGCCCUGAUGAUCAUCGAUUUGAUCUUCGGCCAUUUGUGUACCCACCUGGAUUUGAGAGUUGGUCAUUCAGGAAGAUUGACGAACGGGUGGAAGCUUUGGAGCAGCGGAAGAAGCGACAGGAGGCGUAG